GGAAAAGGGCUUCCUUACAAACCGAAGACAUAGUCCAGUAGAUUAGCGCAGCGCCCAUGAUACAAAUGUGUGUAUUAUCUCACGGCAGAACGCAACGUCAUCGCGCUAGGGAAGUUUAAAGAGGCGCUGUUUAGAAAGCCAACAGAGUUUCACUUGAAAAACUCUUUGACGGCUGUUGCCUAUGCUAUCGCAGCAGUUGACGCCCAACUUUCAGUUUCGUUUUUAGGCUAUUCCCCACGGACAGCGAGCUAUAAGAUGAAGCCUGUGUUGUGCGCUUUUGUGAUGGCCCUGAUCGCGCUGCAGCGUGCCGAAUGUUUAAAGAGGACAUAUUAUAUAGGAAUACGAGAGGAAUACUGGGAUUACGCGCCCAGCAGAAGAAAUCUGAUCAACAACCGAAGCAUUGACCAAGAACACGCAUCGGUUUUUCUGUCCAAUGGCCCUACCCAAAUAGGGAGUGUUUACAAAAAGGCUGUGUACAGACAGUACACAGAUGACUCUUAUUCCGAAGAAAUACCUAAACCUGAGUGGCUUGGCUUCCUUGGACCUAUUUUACGGGCUGAGGUCGGCGAUGUCAUGGUGGUACAUAUGAAGAACUUUGCAAGCAGGCCUUAUUCGCUCCACCCACAUGGAGUGUUCUAUAAGAAGGAUUCAGAAGGAGCGUUGUAUCCUGAUGGCACCUCUGGUCAUGAUAAGAGUGAUGAUGCGGUGGCUCCAGGUCAAAGCUGGACAUACACCUGGGAGGUCAAACCAGAGUACGGCCCUACUGAAGAUGAUGCCAGCUGUCUCACCUGGAUUUACCAUUCACAUGUAGAUGCACCAAAAGACAUUGCAUCAGGGCUUAUAGGAGCUCUGCUUACCUGCAAGAGAGAUACUCUGAUCUCUAGCAAUAAGCGCUCUGAUGUGGAUGAAGAUUUCAUUUUGAUGUUCAGUGUGGUGGAUGAGAACUUAAGCUGGUACUUGCAGAAGAAUGUUGAAAAAUUUUGCUCUGAACCAGAUGCAACAAAAAAACUUAUGGAAAGCGCAGAUGAGAAUUUCAGAGAGUCCAACCUUAUGCAUUCAAUCAAUGGGUAUGUUUAUGGUAAUUUGCCUUCACUGAAAGUGUGUAUUGGGCGUCCCGUGUCUUGGCAUCUUUUUGGCAUUGGCAACGAAGUGGACAUUCAUUCCGCCUAUUUCCACGGGCACACCCUCAUGGAUCGCAAGCACCGCACAGAUGUUCUUAGUCUGUUUCCUGCGACUUUUGUCACCGCAACAAUGAUCCCGAGAACAAAAGGAAAAUGGUUGUUAAGUUGCCAAGUCAACGAUCAUAUACAAGCAGGUAUGCAGGGUUUCUAUGAGGUCUCAGCCUGUGGGUCUGCAACCUCUCCAGCAGAAGCCCCUGGCAUCGAGAGACGUUUCUACAUUGCUGCUGAAGAGAUGGAAUGGAACUACGCCCCUACAGGAAUGAACAAUAUGAACAAUGCAAGCCUUACUAAACCAGACAGUGACUCUGAACCAUACUUCAGUCGUGAUGGUGGUAAACUGGGUGGAACAUACCUGAAAGCCAGAUACAUUUCAUAUACUGAUGAAACAUUUACUACCAAAACACAUAUUGCAGGCUCAGAUGUGCAUCUUGGAAUUCUGGGUCCUGUCAUCAGAGCAGAGACUGGUGAUGUUAUCAUUGUGACAUUCCUUAAUAAAGCUACACAUGACUAUAGCAUUCAGCCACAUGGUUUGCAUUAUGAAAAGACCUACGAAGGAGCAAUGUAUCAGGAUGGUAUUCAGAAAGAUGGAGCCUCUGUGGCCCCUGGUAAAAAAUUCACCUAUCAUUGGAGAGUAAUUGAAGGUCCCUCCAGCGAUGAUCCUCCUUGUCUUUCAUACUUGUACUACUCUGCUGUUGAUCCUGUCCAUGACACUAACUCUGGUUUAUUUGGGCCCAUACAAGUGUGCAAGAAAGGUGUUCUUGAUGGAAGUGGGCAUCAGCGUGCUGACAAAAUUCAGCAUGAGUUUUUUCUGCUAUUCUCUGUGAUGGAUGAGAAUGAAAGCUGGUAUCUGGAACAAAACAUUGAAAAGUUUGGCAGCGGUAAUUCAGAUCAAGAUAAUGAAGAGUUUCAAGAGAGCAAUAAGAUGCAUGCGGUGAAUGGCUAUAUGUAUGGAAACCUGCCUGGUCUGGAUUUGUGUAAUGGGGAACAUGCUGUGUGGCACACACUUGGAUUGGGCACAGAGGUGGAUAUCCAUGGUAUCUAUUUCCAGGGUAACACGUUUCAGCGCGAUGGGAUGAACCGUGACACUCUCAGCAUCUUCCCACAUACCACAGUUACUGUUAGCAUGACACCUGACAAUAAUGGCGAGUUUGAGCUGAGCUGUCGUACAGCUGAUCACUAUCACGCAGGCAUGCGUCAACAUUACACAGUCAAGUCCUGUUCGGCAAAGACUCCUGCACCAGAACGCUUUACCUCGAUAGUGCAGUACUAUAUAGCAGCAGAGGAAGUUAUGUGGAAUUAUGCGCCAAACCGAACAUGGGAACUAGAGAAACACAACACUACACUGAAGGAAAGCCCUGGAAGUAUUUACCUAGAACAAUCAUAUAAUCAGAUUGGCGCUGAAUAUAAGAAGGUGGUGUUUCGUGAAUACACAGAUGGAACAUUUACUGAAAAGAAGCCCAGGCAUCUGGAUGAGGAGCACUUGGGGAUAAUGGGACCCAUCCUCAGAGCUGAGGUUGGUGAGAGUGUUCAGGUUGUGUUUAAAAACAAAGCCAGCAUUCCAUAUUCUGUUCAUGCCCAUGGAGUGAAGACCAGUGAACCCCAUCGGAAUGGUGUUCCACCAGGUGAUGUGCUGACAUACACCUGGACCAUUCCAGAACGAUCCGGUCCAGGUCCCAAGGAUCCAGACUGUAUAACGUUUGCCUACUACUCCUCUGUCAGCUUUGUUGAGGACUUGAUGAGCGGUUUGGUGGGUCCACUGAUAGUGUGCCGUAAAGACACCCUGAACACUGAAAGACGUAGAAAAGACACUGAUAAAGAGUUUGCCCUCCUUUUCAUGGUGUUUGAUGAAAAUCUGUCCCACUACCUGGAUGAAAACAUAAAAACUAAGCUCAAGGCAGACCCAGACGAAUUUGACAAAUAUAAUGAAACCUUUAUGGAGAGCAACAAAAUGCAUGGUAUUAAUGGAAAGUUGUAUGCUAACCUCCAUGGGUUGAAUAUGACAGAGAAAGACAAGACCCAGUGGUAUUUGUUAGGACUGGGGAACGAAGUGGACAUGCACACUGUGCAUUUCCAUAGUCAAAGCUUCAUUUACAAAACGGAUCAUUCUCAUCGUGCUGAUGUAUAUGACCUAUUCCCAGGAACAUUUCAGACCAUAGAACUGAUUGCAGGAAGUCCUGGACAGUGGCUGCUACACUGUCAUGUGACUGACCACAUCUAUGCUGGGAUGGAGGCGCUUCUUACUGUUAACUCUAAAGCUGUCCUUCAUUUUGGAAGCCUCUACACUGUGAUGUUGUGUGUCCUUGGAUCAGUCCUAUUGAGCCUUCUAACUCACUGAAAAAAAAAAGAUAAGCGACCAUAAGCCCAACAUUGUUGCUCACUACUUAGUUACCUCAUCUGGCAUUCUCAUUGUAGCUGUUAAGUAAACAAGCUUUUGGGGGGAAACAACUCUAGAAAAUAAAUAAAUAAAUAAAUAAUGUCUUACUGAAGAUUAUUCUUUCAAUUUUGAUUUAACAUGUAAGUAAUGAUCAUUUAAUUUGGUAUUAUUUAAUGUUAAUACAAUCAAAGCUUUGAGAAGAAUGCACUAUACAACGUCUGCUGCUAACUGAAUGCCUGCUGUCUGCUAAAUAAUAAAUAUCAAUCUAUUACAGCUUUAUAUUAUAAACCUUUAACUGCUAAGUAAAUCAUUUAUAUUUGACAUAAUUCAAAUCUACAAGAUUAAAAAAAAAAAAAAAAAAAAAAAAAAACUUUAAACUUAGGUGGGGUUAGAAACACUGAAUCAGCUGUAUCGUCAGUAUUAUUGUAUAGUGUCAGAUGCUGUCAAGUCCCACACAUUUUGUAUGCACUGAUGGAGGACUCUGCAUUUUCAACCAUUGUUAGUAACUUAGAGUAAGUUGAUUAAUGAGUAUGUGAAUGUGUAAGUCAGUUACUUACUGGGUAAGUUAAUUGUUUUAUUUUUACAGUUUAACUACUUUUUAUUUUUUAACUCUUAUUUUUUUUUUCUUUCUUUCUGAUGAACUGUGGGAUAAUUAACCAUGUUCUGCUCUUGCAAAUUAUCAGUUGUAUAUAAAAAAGAACAUGAAUAAAAAUGAAGAGCAGAAUUAUUAUUAUUAUUAUUAUUAUUAUUAUUAUGUAGAAUGAUAUAUUUAAGCAUUUGAAAUUAGGCAUUACAGAUGAGUUUCAUUUGGAACAAAUGUACUUGUAUUAUGAGCUAACUGUGGAAAAUAAAAACUAUUUAUAUAUCCUUAAUUUUUUGUGGGUACUGAAGGAUUGGAUUCCGGAAUCCACUGCCGCUUCUAUAUAUAUAUAUAUAUAUAUAUAUAUAUAUAUAUAUAUAUAUAUAUAUAUAUAUAUAUAUAUAUAUAUAUAUAUAUAUUGAGUAAUAUAUAAUCAAGUUAUUAAUCAACAUUUUUUCUAAAUAUUAAAUUAUUUGAAUGACUUCUUCAACUUAUGUUAAAUCAUUUAUUUUCCUUUUCAUCUUCACACACUAGAGAAUAAUGUUGUAUAUUGUCUGUACCUCUCACUGAGAGAAAAGUACAACUUAUUUGUAUGUUUUGAGAAAUUUUCCUGUUUACAGUUAAAGCUCAGGCCAACUUCAACCUUGAAGAAGCUGUGAAUCAUGUAUAUCUUUGUAUGUGCGCUAAGUGUUCUGUACAGGUCCUUUAUGGGUGCUAGUGGACAACUGGCAUUCUGCUCUGCAGACGCCUUGUCAUGACGUAGAAGGACAUCCUGUGCCUAAAUCCAGAAUCCGAGAGUCAGCAUCAUGACGGAUGGAGAUAUGCUUCUGACUAUCUGUCCCUGUGUGGAAAAUUAAUAAUUUUGUCUAGUUUUCUUAGCCAAUCAGAAUCGUUUAACCUGAAGUAAUGAUGUAGUUAGUGGACUAUGUUAGAGUAUAAUUGUUGUGGAAAUGUGAAUGUACACAGUAAAAUCCCCAGAGUUAAAUCAACUCUGCUCAGAGUACAUUUGGUCCCUCUCUGAAUAGUGUUAAAAUAACACUGAAGCAGAGUUAAAGUUAAUGAGAUAAUUAAGCUAUUAAUUAAGUGAUGAUUAAACAUUAAUGAUGAACACCUGCUGUUAACAAAAUUUUAUCUUUUAUCUUCAGUUGAUUUCAAUUACAUGGUUUUGGCUGAGGUCAGCUGUAGUUCUUGUGUUUCUCUUUUCUUCAGUGAUUCUGCUUGUUAACAGCAGGUGUUUAUCAUUAUUGCUCAAUCAUCACUAAAUUAAUUGCUUAAUUAUUUCAUUAACUUUAACUCUGCUUCAGUGUUAUUUUAACACUAUUUAUAGAGGGACCAAAUGUUCUCUGAGUAGAGUUGAUUUAACUCUGGGGAUUUUGCUGUGUAUGCAGAGGGGCCUACGAACUCCUUGUGAGACUUAAAGCUGGCUUCUGCUGAUGAAACUGCAAACUAUUCUUCAGUAAAAUUUAUUCAAUUUAUUUGUUUUAAA